AUGUAUAAGGUGCUAGCCAAGAUUCUUGCUAAUAGACUUCGCACCGUUAUCAGAAGUGUGGUUUCAGACUCUCAGUCAGGUUUUGUUAAGGGCAGGCAGAUUUUAGACGGAAUUUUGGUGGCAAAUGAAGCAGUCGAUGAGGCUCGUCGUCUGAAGAAGGAAAUGUUGCUUUUUAAGAGGAAGUGGAUGUCUGAGUGUGUCGGAACGGCUACGGCUUAUGUGUUGGUUAACAGGUGCCCUACGGAUGAGUUUCCUAUGGAAAGAGGUCUGCGGCAGGGUGAUCCUCUUUCUCCGUUCCUUUUCAUGGUGUCGACCGAAGGAAUUAAUGUUCUUAUGAAUUCUUUGAUGGAGGCGGGGUUGUUUCAAGGUUAUGAUGUGGGGCGUGAAAACAAUAUGAGUCUAUCACACCUUCAAUUUGCUGAUGAUACGCUUAUUAUUGGACAAAAGAGUGGGUUGAAUGUGCGCUCUAUACGGGCUGUUUUGCUAAUUUUAGAACAAUUGUCUAGGUUGAAGGUAAAUUUUCAAAAAAGCAUGCUUACGGGAGUUAACGUUUCAAAUUAUUGGUUGUCUGAGGCUACUAGGGUCUUACAUUGUCGAGUUGGUGCCUUUCCUUUUGUGUACUUGGGGUUGCCUAUAGGCGGGGAUCCGCGGAAGUUAGACUUUUGGAGACCUAUUUUAACCUGUAUUAUUUCAAGAUUGUCGAACUGGAAGAGCAAAUUUCUCUCGUUUGGUGGCCGUUUGAUCCUUCAAAAAUCUGUCAUGUCAUCUGUUCCGGUUUAUUUUCUUUCCUUCUUCAAGGCCUCCACGGGUGUGCGGAGGUUGAGGGAAUUUAAUGUUGCUUUACUAGGGAAGUGGUGCUGGCGUAUGUUAGUGGAUACGGAAGGGUUAUGGUAUCGAGUCUUAAAUGCUAGGUACGGGGAGGAAGGAGGGCGGUUGAAGGAAGGGAGGAGUGAUAGUUCGGUGUGGUGGAGGAUGUUGUCCGAUAUUCGUAGUGGUGUCGGAUUGGGGGAGAGGGGUUGGUUUGAGGAGAAUGUUCGUAGAGUGGUUGGUGGAGGGAGUAGUACUUAUUUUUGGAUGGACAAUUGGGUGGGGGGCGUACCCUUACAUGUGCGUUUUCCCCGCUUAUUCGAUUUGGCUGAAAACAAAUGGGUUACAGUGAGUAAGAUGGCUGGUAGGGGAUGGGUGGUUGAAGGCGACGCAUGGGUGUGGCAGAGACGUCUUUUGGUGUGGGAAGAGGAGUUAGUUACAGAGUGUUCGUCUUUGUUGUGUAAUAUUGUUUUGCAGGACCAUGUUCUUGAUAGGUGGCGGUUGGUUUUGGAUCCUAUUAAUGGUUACUCAGUUAAGGGGACUUAUCAGUAUCUCACGCGAGCUGACACAUUUGUGGAGCGCGGUCUUUUCGAUGCAGUGUGGCUGAAGCAGGCUCCGUUAAAGGUCUCAAUAUUUGUGUGGAGGCUUUUCCGUAACAGACUUCCUACCAAAGACAAUCUUAUUCGUAGAGAGCCCUCCAUCACGAAGAUAUUUAUUGCAUAG